UGGGAUUGUUGCAGGCAGUGCUUUAUUUUGGCUGUGUCUCUGUGCUAUUGUUUUGAACUGUUGUUCACAGAAACAUUGCUAUCAAAUAUCCAGAUAUUCAGCAGGUUGUACCGUGAGCACAGGCAGCAGCUCUCUCUUUGGCAGAGAAGUGGCUUUUAGGUAAAGUCCCCUACAAAGCCAAGGUCUCUAAGGGAGUGAUAUUUUUUAUGUGUUCCCCCUUAGAGUAAUGAUCUCGAGAAUGGGUUUGAACCCAUCAGAGUCACCUGUUACAAUUUUCUAGCAAAACAACAAUAUAAGAAAUGAGGAUUUGCUACAUCCUUUCUGUCCAAAGUACAGCCCCCUAAAAAGCAGAUGAAAAACCCCUUCUACUGAACACAUCAAUUCCUUGUACAUAUUUACUCCUAUUCCUUUUAUCCACGCACACAAACUUCUGCUGUGUUUUAAAGUGCUUUGGGGAAGUUUCAGAAAAUCUCUCCUUUACAUCAGCAGGAUUGUAUGCUAAAUUUCAGUCAGUGACCCCAGUCUGUUUUCUCUUAAGGGAUAUUAUAUAAUAGCUGCAAAGGCUCCGGAGCUUCUGAAUCUUUAAUUUCAGGGUACUCCUGAGAGCAAGGAGCACCAAGAGAUUUGCAUCACAGUGAGGUCGCACGGGUAUCACUGAGGCAGAGCUAGAAGGCCACGAGAUUAAGUAGGUGCAACUAAAUGCAUAAAUUGGUCUGGAAAACCUUUAGUACUGGGGGUGAGAAAUGAGACUACAGGUUCACAGUUUGGCUCUAAGAUGCGUGACUGAAUUUGCAACACCGGCAGUUAAUGCAGCACUUCAGCUGGAUGGAAGUACAGUGAGGAGAAAGCAGCUUCCAUCGUCUAUAAAUGAACUUAAACAGUUGUUUCCUCUUUCAGGUUAUACCUAGAUAACACUUUCUAAGCACGCCGUUUUAAUAGGAUCUUGUCUACAGAUUAGCCAUCCUGAAACGUUUGUGGUCCCUCAUCAGAAGAGCGUACGCGCCCAACAGCUAGCCUGCAGGCUUUUAAGGAUUCCUCUUUCAGCCAGACUGACAGGCGGGACCUGCCGCAGCAGGCAGCCGGGCAAGCCCUGGCCAUGGCAAGGAACGGCCCCUCUUACAGCAACGUGAAAUGCAGGGAGAGGAACAGAACAGGGAUUAGUCAAGCAAUAGGAGAGAGGAUCAUACGGACCAUGUGGAGUGGGAUGACUAUACAACCAGAAGGAAUGUGUGCAUGGAGCAGAGUGAUACAGGAUGUGGUAACUUUACACCAGCGUACAGAGCUUUACAGCCUUUUCUUGGUUUAUCACCCUCUCGUGAGCCUUCCUUCCACUGCAUUUUUAUAGCUUAUAGGAAAGUAUGGAGAUACAAAAUAUUUCCUUUCAAACUAGUAAGCUUGACUAUCCCCUUGACUUAGCUCUUGCUUUUCCUCUAUCCCAUCCCUUUUUCUUCUGUAAGUAGGUACUAUAGUGUAAUUUGAAAAAUUCCCUUCAGAGACCCCAGUCCUCAAGUCUGAUGAGAAGGCAGCAGGGAGACUGAUGAUUUUACAGCAGAACUGAAUGUGCUGACUGCCGGCUAUUUUCCUUCGCCUGGCAUCCAACUGAAAUGAGAAACCUGUUUGCCCGCUUACUUCAUCAAGAAGCUCAUAUCGCCACCUCUGAGUGCUACAGCACAAACCUCAGAGGAAGAAAUGCUGCAACAACAGAAAUGUUGUUUGUUUGUUUGAGAUGCAGUUGUUUGGACUCCAGUUUGUCAAGCUGCUUGGUACAUUCAGCUCCUUCUGUCUCCCUUGAAAGGCAGGCUUGGGAGCACCUCCAAAACUCACACAAAGUCCGUUGGUAAUCCAAGCAAAAUUUUCCAUAGAAAAUAUUGAAGAAUACCUUCUACCACGGUAUCUGCACGCAGGGACAUAGCAUUUUUGUAAUCUCUAAGAACUGCUAUGGAACCUUUUCUGAGCCGCUGCUAGUGCCUGCUCAUGCAUUUUGGUCCCCUGAGGACUAGAUCCUCUAAUACCUCAGUGGUGGGAACCUGGGGACUUCUUAGCUUCCAGCUCCAACCUCUUAGCUUCCAGUUCCAGCUGUGCCCAGCUCCCCAUCAGGGUGGGAUGCAGCUGCAUGCCAGCCCCUCUCCCUUCUGCUCUUGAAAGCAGGGGAAGUGGCAGUAUGGGCCAGGCUGAAGCUGUAGCGUGCUCCCAUCCACUUCCCUCGACAUGGGGAGAAGUCACCAGCGCUCACGCUCCAGGCGGUCCAGACAAAGCUGAAGCCGAUGCGGUUGUUGUGUAAGCACCUGCUCCUUGGCCGAGCUGUGCAGAGGGCCGAGUACGGAUGUCGGACCAUAGCCAACAGCAUGAGUCUGAGCUCAGCAAGAGAAAGGGCACAGGCUUUGCAAAGUCAAGGAGGUAUCUACAUGGUCAGAUGUGACUGCUCCUUGUUCCACUCCAUUGGCCUUGGUUUUCCAUCCUGAAUGUAUGUGUUGUGUUAUGUUGUGUUACAGUCAGACUUCCUUUUGGAGGGAGCUGGUAGAUCUCUGCAAGAUGAAAACCCAAGCACAGCUGACAAGACAGUUCAUGGUAUGAAUGACCACUGCAAAUCUGGCUCCCUCCAGGCAUGGAGAAAAUGUUUGAAUAGCAUCUCACAAAAGCUCCACAUUUCAGGUGCUCUCCUGCCCUGCUCCAAACCUUGCAACGUCCAGCUUUCAUUCACCCUACAAAACAGUCACUAGGGCCAGCUGCAACACAGCCCACUCGCUAUUUUGAGCGCUUUAAACUGAAACCCUGUGAAAAACGAUGACUACCUUGGGGCCAACCACGUGGGGCUCAUGUGGCCCGGGCAGCUGGCUGCGGCAAGCGCUGCGCCUGCACCAGGAAGCCCGAAUCCAUCCCUCCCCGCUGGGCUAGAGGUACAAAUCCUUCCUUGGUGCAAGCCAGCAGGCCCACACAGGUGCAGGUUGUGAUUUUCCUACCGCAUAAAAAAUGUGAUGUGUGGGUGGCCCGAGAGCAAGAGCAGCCCCUGUGUGACAGGUAGGGCAUCCCUCAGGUCCUCAGAGGUGAUGGGCAGAAGAGCUGGAGGGAGGUGUGGCGAGGCAGCAGGUGAAAUGCAGGAAAUAAGAGCAAUAUCCUUGCGAGAACAUUGUGCAACUGGCUGCCCUUCUGCUGAAAGACGUAUUUAAUUCACUCAGAGAAAAGAUGUCUGUAAGAGGAAAUGGUGUUCACAGAAGAGAUGCUGUUUUGUCCCUGGAAUUAUGCAAAGUGAACAAAAAUACGUGGCAGCAAGGUCACUCCCUGUGAUUUGCCAUUUUCUUUGCCUAGAGACUAGAAAAGGUAAUUCUAUUUCACACGGAGACAAAUGAUUUGAAAUCUGCUUCAGAGCUCAAAAACAGGCAAAUAAAAAGUACCAGAGACACUGGAAAAGUCUCUCUUGGAAAUCAAGCGCAGCAUACGCUGCAGCUGAAAGUUCAGCACUGCAGUUAAUGAGGUGUGACUGGUUGCUUUUGCUUUAAAGUCACACCAUGCUUUACACAUUUGAAAAAUCCAUUUUAGCUCUAAGCGUAAUGAAAAAUAAGCUAUUUUCCCCACACCCCUUCCCAUUUGUACUAUUUUAAGCAACAGGCUUGUCCUUGUCAAUAUAUCAUAUGUGGCAGACGAUGGGUUUCAAGGGCAAUGGCUAGAGGAGGAAAAUGAAGCAAGGUCACCGAAUCGGUUCGGCGAGGCUGCGGUGGUCCAGCAGCUCCGCCAGCGGCAUGGUCCAUCACGCUGCGGUCUGCGGUGUGGACAUCUCUAGCGAUACCUCGCCUCUCUGUGCAACAGCAAUUGAAAUGGAGCAGCUGCAGGCACCAGGGACUAUAAACUACCAUGGGAAAGAAAAGUCAAGCGGCCAAACUAUUAAGAGAAGAGCUCUCCCUCCCAUCCUCUGUGACAGGAUUAAGGACAGCCAGCAGAUCACGGGAAGGGAUGGAGGAGCACAUUCGUAAGGGGUCAUUACCUGCAAGGGAGGCAGAGAUCUUGUUUUGCUCUUGACUGAAAUACUAAAUAAAAAAAGAAAGUGACACAGAGGCUAUCGAUACAAAGCGCUUUGCCACUGAGGAGCUAACAUUUUCAUUGUCAUAUUGUGGUGAAAACGUCUGGUGACCUUUCCAGUAUUAAAUACUAUAUUCAAGUAUUAGGUAUUAAGUAUUAAAAUUCUCUCCCAGGAAAUUCUCUUUCUAGGAAAGGAUGAGACAAUCAGGUGCCUGAGUGACAAGCGUGGCAUAAAAAUCUAGAUAAAUCACUGCUGUCACACUCAAAUCAUUUUAUUUAUUUGAAAUUGGGUUUCCUGGAAUACAGUCUCGUGAGAUACUCAUCUCCUCUUCGAGACAAAUCUGACAGGAGAGGAGAUGCUGCAGAGUGGAUUAAGCAAGAGAUAGCGCUCUAAUCCCAGUUUUCCUCUCUCACUUGGCGUCCCUGGGAAGGACAGCAUCCCUGUCCUUCUGAUUUCUCAUUUGUAAAAUGGAGAUGAUAACUGCUCAUCUCUCAGGGCCAUUAUGAAGAUUAAUGUGUUUACAAAAGCAUUUAAAAUGCUAAGUACUUUUGGUUCCAGUCCUGUGAGACUGGAAAUGCCAGCACUGAGGUGCUGAAAACCUUAAGCUCUUGCUAACUCUAGUGGAAACUGUGGCUGCCCAGCACUUUACAGGAACGGGGAGAAACAUGUAAUUGCAAAAGUCAUGAAAUCCCAUCCUGCUUUAUUGCAUAAAAUGAGAACUGCACCAUGCCGGCAUUGUAUCUGAAAGGGCAGAUAACACACAAAAAAAAUCAUCAUUUAAUUUCAUGCCUAGAAAAUUAUUGAAGGCUUUGCACUUGGAAACAUGUUGGUGUAAUUUAUCUAGGGACUGAUUCCUGCACCUUUAGCUACAACAGGAUUUUUGGCAUCGGUAUAGAAUACAGCAGCAGCCCAGAAUCUGCUGUACUUCUGUUAAGCUUUAAACUCUGUGACAGUCAACGUAGACUCCUAAUUAGCCUCAAAAAAAAGCUUGUUUCACUAUUACCAAUACAGCCAAUUUUAGCCACUUUUCUUGCAAAUUGCUUGAUAAACGAAACCAAAACCCAAAUCAAGGUUCAAAACCCCCAGUCUUAGCAUUUGCGAAGAACAACCCGCACUGACUCUUUACCAUACACUCCUUCAGCCAGCCCGUAGGAUCAGAUGGAGGAGCAGCUAAUUGCACCUGUAUCCAGUAAAGUCCCUGUGUUACUACUACCUCUUCUAGUCCAUGCAGAAGUGAAAGUCAGCAGCUUCUGCAGGCUUCAAACUUCCUUUCACCAGUUCUGUUUUUCACAGUGAAACAAAUUUAACAAAUUUGAGAAAGGCACAGAAACGGGGAGAUGAGUGAGCUGGAGGAACCCGGGAUAAUGGUCUCCCCAAAGGGAGUACUAACUCCUUGGCUAAGGGGAGGGACGGAAGGGGUUGUGGCCAUACACACCAAGGCUGAGAAGCAAGGCAGGAUGGUGUGGUUUACUCAGGAGCAGAAGAAUUUACGCGAGAGUGAGACCGGAUGCCAACCUGCAGGACAAAAAAGUCUGUUUGUGCAAGACAGCUGCACGCAGACAGACCAUGCAUGCUGACGUGUCCCAGUAAAAGCCAGCUGAAGAACAUGGUCAGGGCUGGCUCUGAAAUUGAUGGUUCAGGAGAUGGAUCACCGAUAUUAUCCACCGUUACAGCAACGCCGCCUCCUGCUACGCGUUCUUCGACCGCAGAUGAUCACGAGCCAGUACUUGUCACUACAAGCGCUACUGAAAGCAGCUUUGAAACAAAAAGUACUGAACUGAAUGCCACGAACAUUCAGGACAGCCUAGAAGCAGCAGAACAGUCUAUCUUGAUAUACAUUGUCCCUGCCGUGCUGCUGGUCCUGCUGAUUUUGCUGAUCACAUUUUUUGUAACACAUCAUAAAAGGAAAAAGUCUAAGCAAGAUGAGCUGGGAAGUGAAAAUGUGAAAAGUCCUAUUUUUGAAGAAGACACGCCCUCUGUUAUGGAGAUAGAAAUGGAAGAGCUUGAUAAAUGGAUGAACAGCAUGAACAAAAAUGCUGACUGUGAAUGUUUGCCUACUGUAAGAGAAGAAGAAAAAGAAUCAAUUGCCAACCCAAGUGAUGGUGAAUCAUGAAGUCAGAACAGCAAAGAACUGGUUGAAGGGAAGCAGCACACAAGCUAAUGAUCCUCCAGAUAUUGGAUGAACUGGAUUUAAAUAUAAUUAAUCUCAAAAGGCCAGAGAAGCAAAUGCUUUUGUUGUGUCCAGCUACAUACAGUCUUCAGAAAGGAAACAUUGCAAGGGGAAGAAGAAAAGAAAAAAAAAAAGGAAAAGCACUAUAGUAAGAUUAGGGCUUGAUUUAAAUUCGUUCUGCAAUGAGAUUCAUCACAAAUCAUCAGAAACUUUUUUUUUCCUCUAAAAGUUCUCAAGAUAGUCCAUAUUUCUGUCUAGUUCUUCAGUUGUGUAUCGUGCAGAACCACUUCUGUUCCAAGUUUCGUGGGUUUCUUUGUAUUUUUUGUGGUUUUCUUUUUAAAUAUAAACAGCAUCCAUAAUUCUGGACUACCCUGGUUUGGUGGAUGUGCAGCUUGUGCCUACUCCAUGUUUGCUUUUCAAUUUGCUUUUUGGUAACAGUGCACUGAUUUGCACAGGACUUCUGCUGGGGAGGUACCAGACUAGGACCGACAGACCAGCUCUGAGGACAGACAGAGCGGCUGAAAAGGCUCCCAAAGGAUUUGACGGAAGCGACUGCAGCCCAACGAGGGCAUGGUCUUUGUAGCAUGCUUUCUGGUUUUCAAAUUAAAGGCAUUGUAGAAGUAAAAAAAUAUUAUUUUGAGAUUGCCUGUCAGUUCGUUUUGUCCACAGAUUAGUACUCUGGGCUAGCUCUCACCAUUUAACCCUCCUCCCUGCCCAGUACUGUUCUCUAACGACCACCUACUUCAGGAAUAUUCAACAUGAAAACGUUUCUUUUUUAAAAAUAAGAGAGCUUGAAAAAUUGAACAGUUCAGCACCCAGACCAACCACAAGUUUAGAUAGGUAUGUGUUAUGCAUAACUACUUGGUCAAGGUUUUCAGAUGCAGUAAGAUUGCUGCUGCUUCUGUUUUUGAAUAUUGAGCUUGGAAUACCUGAAAGACACUGACUUCUAAAUGUGCCUGCUCACCUUUAAUUACACUAAAAAAAAAAAAAAACAAAACCAGACUCCUGGGAUACCUCAAGGUGGGAAUAUAAAUAUUGUAAUCGCAUCUGUUGAUUUGAGGUGGCAUAUCUCUUAUGGUUGUAGUUUAAAUAUGUAACACAGACAUGAAAGCGGAUCCUUGUCUGUGCAAAGCUUCCCCUGCCUUAUUUAAAAUAUUAAAUUCACAUCCUACCAUAUCUUAUAUCCUACCCUAUCAUAUCCUACCUACCUUCUUCUUUACUCAAAUACAUAAUUUCUUCGCACUCAAUACAUGUUUAAUAUGAUCAGUUUUGUUUUGCCUGCAAAUAUGUCACUAAUAUGUUAUCAUGCAUAACUUGGUUAAAGAGAGCAAACAAACACCCCAAGCCUCUGAGAUGAUGGCUAAGUGUCACUAACAGCUGACAAAUACAGGACAGGAGAGUUCAGCUUUGAGUAAUUGAGGAUGUGUCAAAAUAUAACAGGAAAAAAAUGUUUACAGCUAACUGUAUUCAUUCAUUUCUGAAUAUGAUUUGACUAGUAAUUUCCCUGAAGAGUAAAAGAUUUCUUCAUUGUUCCAAAACAAUUUAUUGGAAAUAUUGGAUUUAAUAUGAGUGAUAGUAAAUUAAUUUUCCCUGUUUGGAUGAUUUUUAACUUUGGAGAAACAUGUUUUAAGUUCAUCUUUCAAA